GCGGGGCAAAGGCUCUCACCCACCCUCGCCGGCGCAUCUUGGAUCCCCAUCCCCAUCAUCAACCAUAUCGCCAAACUACUCAUUGAGUCUUCGAUACUGUGAAUACCACCUUCCGCCCAUCCAACCAACUCGCAAUAUGGCAGGCAAGAAAGGGGCUGGGGAGAAUACCAAGAAGGCUUCUGGCAACGCAAAGAAGGCUGAAGCCGCCGCAGAAAAAGCCGCGGCAGAAAACGCAAAGAAAGCUGCGGCAGACGACGAGCAAUGGAGCAAGGGCGCAAAGAGCAGUGCGAAGAAGUAGGUUCCAGGUUCCAUUCAAACCCAGUCCCCGCCCGCGUCUGUGCCCACUUCCGCACUCUAAGUCGGAUCAUGUCUUCCCUUCGCAUACCUAGGUAUCGCUCCUAUACUGAUAGUGCAAACCCCUAGAGAUGCAGAAGCUGCCAAGAAGGCUGAGGCCGCCCGGAAGAAGGCCGAGAAGGACGCCCUAUUAGCAGCGGAAGAAAAGGAUGCUCGAGCAGCUCCAAAGAAUUCGAAGCAGGCGGUAAAGAAAACCAAGGGGCUCGACCUGUCACAACUCGAUGACCCUACUCCAAAAGCCGGGGCGCUGAAUGCCACUGGUAUCGACAAUGCCUUAGAUGCCCUCUCGUUAACCACAACCGAGAGCACGAAGAUUGAUAAACAUCCCGAGAGAAGAUUCAAAGCUGCCUAUGCUGCUUUCGAAGAGCGACGCCUGAAGGAGAUGGAAGAAGACGGAAGUGGGCAAGGAUUAAGACAGAACCAAAAGAAAGAUCGGAUUCGCAAGGAAUUUGAGCGACAUCCAGAUAACCCCUUCAACCAAGUCAAUGCCAGCUACGAUGCUACCAAGGACGAGUUGAAGGAACUCAAAGACCAAGAGAAGGCAAAGAUUGAAGCAAGACUGGGAAAGUGAAAGGGGUGCGAAUAACACCGCCAAUGGAUGAGC